CCCUAUUACCGCCUAGGCCAACAUAGGCCAUGGCCUAGGGGCGGCACAAUUUUAGGGGCGGCAAAUUUUUCGGUGAAUAAAAAAAAAUUCUUUAACUCCUCUACGAAAAUGUAGAAAUAGCCAUCUUCGAAAAUUUCGCCCAUUUUUUCAUUACCGAUGUAUAAUUCUUUUGAAUGGAAGAUAGAAAUAUUGUUGCAUUUUUCACACCCCUCGGUAAUCUGAAAAUCAAAGGAGCCGCCCUAAAACCGAACAGCAGUCGGCACUGUCGGCGGUUAAGCGCAUCAAAGAGAACGUGGAAAACCUAUCCUAUCGUAAAUUGUAAUUGCUACUAAUAAAACACGGAUUACUGUCAGGGAAAUCAGAGGACUGGCAUAAUAUUUAAAAUAUGAAUGCGGCACGUUUGAUGAGUUGCCCUAGUAGGUAUUAUUUUCAAUGGAUGCAAGUAACUAGUUAAAUUUUUUGCGUGAAUUUCGGAAUCGGCACUGGCAGCUCGUCAGUCCUAUUUUUCCGUCCAUGCAAUACACUCAGAAUCGAGAACUAACCACUAUAGAGUUGUCGCCAGUCAUUUUUAAACAUUGCUAGUGCAAUUUUUAGUAUAAAUAAAUUUUGUGGGAACUUAUCUUCAGAUCUACUUGUUCAUUCUUUUUUUCGCAAUGUCAAGAAAACAUGAAAGUGGUUGUGAAUAUAGAAAACGAGCAAAGGAAAGAUCAGAAAAAAAUGAGGAACUGGUGAAGAAGAUUCCCAAGAUUGACACCUUUUUACAAAAAGGUGAUAAAAAACAAAAAGUGGACUCGACAGAGCUGAGUGAAAUUCAACAAGAAUUCGAUCAACCUUCAACAAGUGGUAACAACACAUCAAACAAAGCUGAAAGCAUUAUGGAGAUUCCGGAACAAGUGGAAUCUUGUGAAAAUCCGAAAAAAGCUUUUCCAGAAAUUAGCGGCAGUUCAGAUAACUUCAGUGAUGAUCCAGCUCUGUGGGAUGAAAUAACAGAGGAGUUGAGGCAGAAUUUUAUCAAUCGUGGAAUUAAACAAAAUAUUGAUUUAUUAGAUUUUGAAGCUUCAAGAAGGAAUUACAAUGAUCGCGUUCGAUAUUGUUCGAAAGGAUUGUUUAAAACCCGAUUGAAAAAUGCCGAGACUCACACUCGCGAUUUCUUGAUUUACUCUGCCAGCACAGGACGUCUCUACUGUCUGCCAUGCCGUUUAUUCAAUGGAAAGGUCCGUUUGCAUCUACCGGAUUUAAUGAUUGGAAAAAUCCUAUUACUAUUGAACAGCACGAGAAUUCACAGAAUCACAAAAAUUGUGUCCUAAUUUUACUCCAAAGGCAAAAAGCAGCUGGCCAGGUAGAUGCACUUCAUGUUAAAGAAUACAAGCGGGAAGUACAGUACUGGAGAGAAGUUUUAAAGAGAGUUGUUGCAGCGAUCAAGGCAUUGGCAUCAAGAGGACUUUCAUUCAGGGGUUCGACGGAAGUAUUUGGUAGUCUACAUAAUGGCAAUUAUAUGAUGCUAUUAGAAUUUCUAGCUGAAUUUGACCCUUUUCUUGCUGAUCACAUUGAAAAGCACGGAAAUCAAGGCAGAGGGAACGUAUCUUACUUGUCAUCAUCGAUUUGUGAAGAAAUUAUCCAAAUUAUGGCUACAGAAGUUCUAAAAUCAAUUGAUCAGGAAGUUACAGAAGCCAAAUACUAUUCAAUAAGCGUAGACUCCACACCAGAUAUAACGCAUACCGAUCAACUGGCUUUUAUUACUCGCUAUAAUAAAGAAGACGGAAAACCAGUGGAAAGAUUUUUAGGAUUUAUACCAAAUCCGGGACACAAGGCUGAAGACCUUUAUAACGCUGUUAUUAAAAUGAUGGAGGAGCAUAAUUUCAAUUUUGCGAAUUGUAGAGGUCAAUCCUAUGACAAUGCGGCAAAUAUGUCAGGAAUAUAUAAUGGACUGCAAGCAAAAAUAAAAGAAAUCUCUCCUUUGGCAUAUUGGAUCCCAUGCGCGGCUCAUUCGCUGAACCUCGUCGGAGAACACGCUGCUGGAUCGUGUAAGGCAUCUCGGGAUUUUUUCUCACUUCUUCAGGAUAUUUACGUUUUCUUCUCAAUCUCGACUGCUCGCUGGGGGAUACUAAUGAAACAUCUGACUGGCCCUUCAGUGAAACGAUUAUCUACAACUCGCUGGUCGGCGAGAUAUGAAGCUUGCAACAGCAUGAACCAAAACUGGAAAGAAGUUGUCGCAGCUUUGAGUGAAAUUGAUGAGCGGGACAGGUCUAAGACUGGGAGUGGAGCAAAAGGAUUGAAAAUCAAGCUAACAUCUCUGGAAACCGCAAUAAUGUUCGCUGUAUGGAGUCCAAUUUUGGAAAGAUUUGAUAAAGUGAGCGAAGCAAUACAGAAAGUUGGCAUUGGUAUAGAUGAAGUAGUUUUGAAUUAUGAGUCAUUGGUUGAUUAUAUCUUAGGAUUAAGAGAUCAAUUUGAUCGAUUUGAGAAAAAGCGAAGAUCAGUUCUGGAUUUGAGAAAUAUCGAAGUGAAGAAAGAAGAGCCACAACAAGAACUGUUCCUGCUGAUGAAACUCGAGUGGGACAUACUGCUUUGAGUGGGAGGGAAAACUUCAGAGUAGGGGUUUAUCUUGUUAUAAUUGACUAUCUAACAUUCUAACAAGAGAAUUGAAUCAAUGUAAAAAUUGCUACAAGGGUUUUGCUGCGAAAUUCUCCUUUUUAUUAAAACUGCAAUCGAUUAGUUCUGAAGAAUUAGGAGUAGCGGUUACUAAUCUCAUCUCUAGUUUUCCUCAGGAUUUAGAUGAAAAACUCCACGAUGAAUGUUUGCACUUCAAAUCCUACUUAGGACAGUUAGAACAACCUCCAAAAACUCUACACGAGAUGAGUACCUUCAUUAGAAGUGAUAAAAGCUUAGUGCAAGUGUUUCCCUACAUCGAUAUUACAAUUAGAAUGUUUUUAUGCACUUUUGCAACGAACUGUUCAGCAGAGAGGUCGUUUUCAGCAUUGAAGCGAAUUUUAUCCUAUUUGCGAUCUAGCAUGUCUCAAGAGCGUUUGAAUUCUCUGGCCGUUUUGUGCAUUGAAGCUGAAUUGUUGAAAAAAUUAGACUUCGAAGCUGUGUUGCAACAAUUUGCGGAAAAGAAGGCAAGAAGAAAACCAUUAUUAGUUUGAUUAUGAAAGCUGUAAUUUUUUACUAUGAAAUAUAACUCUGAAACAUUA